CCACACACUCUCCCUCGCAUUUUCUCUUCCAUAUGAGUAUAUCAAAUAUGAAUUUGAUUGUGGCAUAUGCAGCAUGACUUUGCCAUUGAGACGAUGGGUCUAUCACUGCCACCUUUGUAGAUAUGUCGUCCAUCUCAAUUGUGCCACCUCCACAUUUGAUGAUGAAAAUGCAAUUGAUGGUGAGAAAGAUGUUACCAAGUUUCCGAUAGCAGUAGAUGACAUGUAUGAGGAGAUAAUCAAACCUUUCGUUAGGCGAGAAAGUGGAAAAGUUCUCAUCUCUCAUGAUGAUCAGAACAAGGGUGGCAAGUACAGGUUCUUUGGUCACCCUCAUCAUCUACUAACUUUUACUACAUUUUCAUCGUCUUCUUCAUCAUCAUCUCAAGAUCACUACAAAAAAGUUGAUGAUGAUGAAGAAGAUGAUUUUGACAUUAUUCCGGGAUCGGAAUUAACAUGUGAUGGGUGCACAUUGGCUAUACAUGAAAAGAAGCAAACAGAUGGUGAUGGGUAUGAGAGUGGUUAUAUGAGUUGUGAAGAAUGCAAAUACUUUCUCCAUUUGUCCUGCUUCAACUUACCACUUGAGAUCCCCUCUCUUCCAAUUCAUCCUCUCAAAGGCUUAAGGAUUCAAAAUGUUGAUGGCAAGCUCACAGAUUGGACAUACUGUUUUAUUUGUCAGGCUUUAACGAAUCGGCUCUAUUACUCUUGUACCUACGAAGGCUGCAGGUUCAACAUAGACAUCAAGUGUUCUUCUCUGCCCAGCACCAUAACACACGCAGCUCACCCACGACAUAAUUAUCUCGAGAUAGUCACAAGUGAUUAUGAGUCUCUUUUCUGUGUUAACUGUUAUAGCUUUAUAAGUUCAACUGUGGGACAAUACAAAUGCAAUAGUUGCAGAUUCAGUGUGUGUGGUGCAUGCGUGAUGCUACCAGCAACAAAUAAGCAUAGAUUGGAGAAUCACAUGUUAUGGUUGACAUACGAUGCUCGGUUUAACCAUCCCGGUGAGUUCUACUGCAGUAGUUGCGAACAACAAAUGGACCCCAGAAGUUGGAUGUAUUAUUGUCGAGACUGCGAUCAAUCCUUCCAUCCCAAAUGCUUCCCUGCCACGUCAGGUUUUUACAGACUCAAAUAUGGGACAAAGCAGUAUGUGAUAUCCAUUCAUGAUCACCCUUUCAGAUUUCAAAUCAUAUCCAACAAAAAGAGAUGUGAUCAAUGUCAUAAAGAUAGUUAUGAUAUGCCCGGAUUUCAAUGUGGGUCAUGCUUCUUUGCCGUGUGUGUAAAGUGCGGUGUGAAAUGCUUGGGUGAUGCCUAGAGGCAAUCUUAUGCAAAUAAAAAAAAUGUCUCCUUUUAAUUAGGUUCAUGCUUAUGUAGAUUGUUGUAUACUUGUAUUUAUGUUAUCAUGUGUGUUGUUCUUGUAUAUGUAUUUUGAUAAUUUUUAU